GGUUCCUUUAGAUUCACAUCCAGUAGCAACGCGGAAACCUUUUUCCGCGCUUUCGACGGCGAAAGCUCAAAGACGAGUGGCGGGAGUUGUUGUCAGAGGGGGUUUGUGGCGGAAGAGCAAGUUUUACAGGUAUGGAGUUCAAACGACGCAACGGCGGCCCCGUCAUGGGAGGCGCAUCCCAGGCCAAGCGCGGUAAAACGACUGGCGAAUGGGAGGACAGCCCAUCCCAGUUUGAGGAGGAGUUGUCGAUGUUUGACGACGCGGACAUGGAUGCGGAGGUCAUGGAGGGACAGGCGGGACACGAUGUCAUCCCUGUGGGUGACCUUUUCUCAGCGGACCUCAACCCUCGUUGGAAGAGGCCUCACGCUCCCACGCUGGACCCAUCCUCUGAUACCUUGGUUUUCCAGCAGAUCGAUCUCGACUAUUACCUCGGUGACUCUAUAGCUGGCAUGCCUGGUCAGUCCCAAGGAAAAGUACCAAUCAUUCGGAUGUUUGGUGUAACGGACAGCGGCAACAGUGUGUGCUGUCAUGUUCACGGCUUUGCGCCUUACUUUUAUGUUCCUGCACCGAACGGAUUCACUUCUAGUUACCUCGGGGAAUUUAAAAGAGAGCUGAACGCAGUUGUUCUUAAGGACAUGCGCUCCAAUAAGGACAAUAUAUCCACCACGGUGCUUGCUGUGGACAUCUGCCGCAAAGAGAGCAUGUAUGGUUACCACGGGAAGCGCAUCCUGGAUUUCUUGAGGAUAACGAUGGCGAUGCCGCGUCUCAUCGCGCCGGCCAAGCGGCUGCUGGAGCUGGGCUUCAAGUUUGGGCCUUUUCCCAGCCAGAGCUACCAGGCCUAUGAGGCCAACAUAGAUUUUGAAAUUAGGUUCAUGGUGGACAGUGAUGUGGUGGGAUGCUGCUGGAUUGAACUUCCCAAAGGCAAGUACAGAGUGCGCGAGGAGAAGAGCUCAGCAAACGCAGACUCUCAGAUCCCAGGGAAGGUUUCUUUCUGUCAGUAUGAAGUUGAUGUCGCAUGGACCGACUUGAUAAGUCACCCCGCAGAGGGAGAAUGGCAGAAGAUCGCGCCGCUCAGGGUCCUUAGCUUUGACAUAGAGUGUGCUGGAAGAAAAGGAAUCUUCCCAGAACCCGAAAAAGAUCCAGUGAUUCAGAUAGCCUCCAUGGUCCAGCGGCAGGGGGAGACGGAGCCGUUCAUCCGCACAGUUUUCACCCUCCAGUCGUGCUCGAGCAUCGUUGGCUCUCAGAUAUUAUGCUUCACUCAGGAGAAGCAGCUUCUUCAGAGCUGGGCCGAGUUUUUGAGGACAGUGGACCCAGACAUCAUUACCGGAUACAACAUCCAGAACUUUGACUUCCCCUACUUGCUGAACAGAGCGAACGCUUUGAAGGUGAACUACUUUCCAUUCUUGGGCCGAGUGCGUGGCGUCAGGUCAGUCCUUCGCGAUUCCAGUUUCCAGAGUAAGCAGAUGGGACGCAGAGAGAACAAGACCAUCAACAUAGAGGGCCGGGUUCAGUUUGAUCUGCUGCAGGUUCUCCUGAGGGAUUACAAAUUGCGCUCCUACACGCUGAACGCUGUGAGUUUCCAUUUUCUGCAAGAACAGAAGGAGGAUGUGCAGCACUCCAUCAUCACUGAUCUGCAGAACGGAAACGAACAAACACGGCGGCGUUUGGCGGUCUACUGCCUGAAAGACGCCUACUUGCCGCUGCGCCUGCUGCAGAAGCUGAUGUGCGUGAUCAACUACAUGGAAAUGGCCAGAGUGACGGGAGUGCCGCUCACCUACCUGCUCUCGAGAGGACAGCAGAUCAAAGUCGUCUCCCAGCUGCUGCGGCAGGCAAUGAAGCAGGAUCUGGUGAUGCCUGUUGUAAAGACAGAGGGAGGAGAAGACUACACAGGAGCAACGGUCAUUGAGCCAGAGAAAGGAUAUUACAGCCUUCCUAUCACCACCCUGGACUUUUCCUCCCUGUAUCCGUCCAUCAUGAUGGCUCACAAUCUGUGCUACACCACCUUGCUGCAGAAGGGCUCCGCUGAGAAACUGGGACUGUCGUCGGAUGACUUCAUCAAGACUCCCACGGGUGAUCAGUUCGUCAAGAGCUCUGUGAGAAAAGGUCUUCUUCCAGAGAUCCUAGAGAACCUGCUGUCUGCCCGAAAGAGGGCUAAAGCAGAGCUGAAGAAGGAAACCGACCCUUUUAAGAAGCAGGUGCUGGAUGGUAGACAGCUCGCCCUGAAAAUCAGCGCAAAUUCUGUGUACGGCUUCACCGGGGCCCAGGUGGGCAAACUGCCCUGCUUGGAGAUCUCACAGAGCGUCACGGGUUUCGGACGACAGAUGAUUGAGAAAACCAAGCAGCUGGUGGAGUCCAAAUACACCAUUUCCAACGGCUACCAAGCUGAUGCCAAGGUGGUUUAUGGGGACACAGACUCCGUCAUGGUGAAGCUGGGUGUUGCUACCGUAAAGGAAGCCAUGGAAAUCGGCAGGGAAGCAGCUGAGUGGGUGUCGUCUCAUUUUACGCCUCCCAUCAAGCUGGAGUUUGAGAAGGUGUACUACCCCUACCUGCUGAUCAAUAAGAAGCGCUACGCCGGCCUCUAUUUCUCCUCCAGUCCAGACACGCAUGACAAGAUGGACUGUAAGGGCAUAGAGACAGUCCGCAGAGACAACUGCCCUCUAGUGGCCAAUCUUAUUAACACUUGUCUACAGAAGAUCCUCAUUGACAGGGAUCCUCAAGGUGCUGUGGAUCAUGCAAAAGAAGUGAUCUCAGACCUGCUGUGCAAUCGCAUCGACAUCAGUCAGCUGGUCAUCACUAAGGAGCUGACGCGUACAGCCCAGGAAUACGCCGGCAAGCAGGCACACGUCGAGCUCGCCGAAAGGAUGAGGAAAAGGGACGCAGGUAGCGCCCCGAACCUGGGAGACAGGGUUCCCUACGUCAUCAUCAAGGCUGCAAAGGGAGCAGCAGCGUACAUGAAGUCAGAGGACCCGAUUUACGUGCUGGAGAACACCAUCCCCAUCGACACACAAUACUACCUGGAGCAGCAGCUGUCCAAACCCCUGCUGAGAAUAUUUGAGCCCAUCCUGGGGGAGACCAAGGCAGAGAGCGUCCUGCUGAAGGGCGACCACACUCGCUGUAAGACGGUGUUGACCUCGAAGGUUGGAGGCCUCAUGGCGUUCGCUCAGAAGAGAAGCACCUGCAUCGGGUGCAAAGCUGUGCUCAAGACAGAUACGGCUGUGUGUGAUUUCUGCAAAAAGAAGGAAUCUGAACUUUAUCAGAAAGAGAUCUUCCACCUGAACACGUUGGAGGAGCGUUUCUCCCGUCUGUGGACUCAGUGCCAACGCUGCCAAGGGUCGCUCCAUGAGGAUGUGCUCUGCACAAGCCGUGAUUGUCCAAUCUUCUACAUGAGGAAGAAGGUUCAGAAGGACCUGGAUGACCAGAGCAAGCUGGUGUCUCGAUUCGGAUGGUGAUAAAACCGCAUCCCCGAAGACGAAGCUGGACCCCGAUCCUCUACCUCUGUUCUGUCUUUUGGCGCCUGUAAAAAUCCCAUGCUUUCUUUUAUGAAUACAUUUAUUUGUAGUGCCUUUUUUUUGUAAAAUAAAGUGAAAUAUGAA